AUGGCUUCUUCAUACAAAACAACCUCGGUUACUUGUCUUUUGAUGGCUGUGGCAUCCUUGUUGAUGAUCAGUUCCACCCUCGCGGCAAGACCACUUUCCCAGCCAUCUCACCUAACCCCGAAUUUUCUGGUAUUCCCGAUAAACCCUAAACCUGGUUUUCCUAGCAACCCCACGCCUAUUCCUGGUUUUCCAAGCAUCCCUACGCCUAUUCCUGGUUUUCCGAGCAUCCCUACACCUGUUCCUGGUUUUCCGAGCAUCCCCAGUUACCCUUUUCCUAGUUUCCCCAAACCCGGUUUUCCGACUAUGCCGUUCGUCUUCUCGCCUCCUCCUUCUACCGCUUCCACCAAAGCUUGA